CGGAAAGCGUAUCAGCACCAACAAGUCAACUCUUGCAAUCUACGAUCAUGCCUCUCUACGAACUAGUCUGUAUUGCCGCCCAUGUUCCGCCACCAAACCGGGAACUGCACCAGCUCAUCACCAACUUGUCAUCACGAGUGAUGCGAACAGGAGGGGUCGUGCGGGAUAUCAGAAACCUCGGUUCAAGAACGCUACCGAUGCGGAUGAGGAGGCACCAGCAGUAUUACACGGAAGGAGACCACUUCAGCAUGCUCUUCGAUACUUCACCCCCUGUGCUGGCAACACUGAACGAGAGCUUGAAGAACGACCCGGGUGUCAUUCGUUGGACGAUGCUGAGAAAGGGAACCACCAUUAAGGACCUUGUGCCAAAAGGAGAGUUCACUGUCAAAAGUCAAUCGAAUGGGCGGGGAGGCUUCUGAGCGGUACUGCGAGACUAGCAGACAUCAUCGGCAGUUUGUAAACUAAUUCAUCCCCCGCCUUCCGGGUUGUCUAUUGUCCAUCUUAAUUCUGAGUGUACGGAUAGCUUCAACACCUUCGCAUCUCAUCGCUUCUAUAGUCUGAGAUUAGCGAGCUCGAGGCAGGUUCUGGUGAUUACCUAAGCAAAAAGCUGUCGCGCGAUUUGACCUGAGAUCCCUCGUCGUCGGUUAUCCCAGAUUGGCCAUUCGCUGGUCCGGGACUUGUCAAUUACGAUGACCAUGUCGAUGUCUAUGUAUGCUAUGCAGUUUGUGCUGAC